AUGGUUGUGAUCCCAGCUCUUCUCUCUUGGCUGUGGAGUCAAAUCUCACACUGUUGGAACAACUUCACAGUGCUGUUCAUUUCUCUCAUACUGCUUGCCCUUGCACUGCUGUUGGAUUAUGUGAAGCGGAGAAAGACAUGUAGUCGCUAUCCACCAGGACCUACUCCUCUGCCUUUCAUUGGGAACUUGCUAGAGCUUGAUACAAAUGAUCUACACAACUCUAUUCUUCGUCUGGCAGAAAAGUUUGGACCCAUCUUCUUAAUCCAGCUUGGAUGGCAAAACGUUGUCAUUUUGAAUGGGUUCCAGGUGAUAAAGGAGGCACUGGGACCAAAAGCUGAGAACUUUAUUGAUCGACCAUCAUUGCCAUUGUUGAGCUUGAUGGGCCAUGGAACGAAGUGUGAAGGAAUCUUCCUGGCAACAUGUAAAAAUGGCUGGAGGGAACAGAGGAGAUUCUGUCUCUCCACUCUGAAAAAUUUAGGGAUGGGGAAGAAAACACUUGGAAAGACAGUGGGUGAAGAAGCUAUGUAUUUGUCUGCUGAGUUCAAAUCUCAAGAAGGUUUUCCUUUUGACCCGCAUGACCUCAUCUACAAUGCAGUUGGCAAUAUUAUUUGUACACUAACAUUUGGUUAUCGCUUUGAAUACCACAAUAAAAACUACCUGAAGCUUAUGCGUUUAAUUGAAGAGAUCAUGAAGGGAGCAACCAAAAUCUUGCCCCAGAUUAUGUCUACCAUAUCCUGGUUAUCCUAUAUUCCUGGACCUCAACAAAAAUUUAAGAAAGACUGUCAUGAUUUCUGUACUAUUGUAAAAGAGAUUGUGAAUGAACAUAAAAAAAACAGAGAUCCCAUCAUUCCAAGAGAUUUCAUUGAUGCAUUUUUGGAGGAGAUAGAAAAGGCUAAAGGGAACCCAAAGACCAGUUUCAAUGAACAAAACCUUACUCAAAUUCUUCUCGACCUCUUUGCCGCUGGUAGUGUAACCACAGCUUCUACCCUACUCUGGGGUCUUCUUGCCAUGGUCCUUCAUCCUGAGGUUCAGAAAAGAGUCCAUGAAGAAAUCGAUACAGUCAUUGGCAGAGUAAAAUUACCCACAAUGGAGGACCGGUCAAAUAUGCCUUAUACUACAGCUGUGAUCCAUGAAAUUCAGCGUUGGGCUGAUAUUGUACCAGUUACAUUUCCUUAUAUGACACAUAAAGAUACUGAGGUUGGCGGGUUUGUCAUCCCUAAGGAGACCAUAGUCACCACUCAUUUGUCUGCUGUGCUGAAGGAUGAAACAAUAUGGGCGAAGCCACAUGAAUUUUACCCAGAGCAUUUCCUGGAUGCAGAUGGACAAUUUCUCAAGCGCGAGGCUUUCCUGCCUUUCUCUGCAGGCCACCAUGUAUGCAUUGGAGAAUCGUUGGCUAAAAUGGAGAUUUUCAUCUUCUUCAUUACUCUCAUGCAACAUUUCACUUUUUGCAUUCCUGAAAACUCUCCUAGACCCUCAGAGAAAAGAAUAUUUGCCCUAAUAGCCAGCCCAUUGCCAUUUCAGAUCUGUGCAUUUCCCAGAUAAUACCUGAGUUCUUGUGAGGUUGGACACAGCAGAACAUUUCUGCACAUGGAACUCCACUA